AAUAUUUCUCAAGAUAAUUCUGCGCUUGCUAAUCUUUCUGAAAUGCUUAAAAAUAUUAAAUUUUCUGACCUUAUGCAAGCUGAAAAGUUCCUAACUAUCCCAGAAGAAAAUAUUACCUAUGAAGUUCCUAAAAAUGAUCAGGCUAUUGAAGAACUUGUAGAAAUAUUCACCAACGAAUGCGAUCUAGAAUAUUCUGAUCCUGAUGAAGUUGACGAUAGUUCAGAGACUCCCAUCAUCACAUCUAAUGAAGCACUUAAAGGUUUAGAGACAAUUCACCUAUAUUUACUUCAACAUAAAAAUACUAGCGAGCAUCUAAAGUUAGUUGAUAAAAUCAAAAAAGUUAUUAGAGAAAAAAAAGUGAAUACAAUGCAACAAGCUACGAUUAAUAGUUAUUUUAGUUAA